AUGUCCGGUACCUUAGAAAGCCAGUCUAUGAGACUUGAGGUUAUCAGCGCAAAAAAUCUUGAAAUCCCUUCCGAGCGCAUUCCCGCUGGCAUUUACGUAUACAUCAAUGUCGACUCGAGGAGGCGCUGGAAAUCAGCCAUCAAAGUCUUAUUAGCCGACAAAUCUGUAGCGUGGGGUGAUGUUGUGACCCUAUCAUCACAGGCGUCAUCUGCAUUAUCAAUCGAGAUCAGGGUGUCCUAUGAGCUCAAUCGAAUGCUAGGCAAUGGCGAAGUCAUCGGAAAACUCGAAACAUCGUGGGAUGAGUUACUAAAUCAUGCAAAUGAGCCUUUUGAACUGUCCUUCCCACCUGUUUGUGGUGUCCACCCUUCCCUAACGUUAAAGACUGCUGUUGUACAUGCCUGCGACAAUCAGGCCGGUACACUGUUUGAUACUGUGAGAUUGCUCGAGAGACAGAUGCGGGCCACGCAACGACUUACCGAAUACACGUCCGGCAGGACGGUCUCUCACCUCAACGGUGCUGUAGAGCAUUUUCAGCUGGUUCUGGACCAGUGUCCAGUCGGCCAUCCUGACCAAGCAGCAGCUCUCACCAACCUUGCGUGGGCCCGCCUUCUAGGUUAUAUUCGAAAGGAUAUUCAAGACAUUGACACCAUCAUUGCGCUCUUCCGCAAAGCCCUUGCAUUGCGUCCGCAUGGCCACCCCGAUCACACGCUAUCUCUCUAUUGUCUCAUUCUAGCAUUGAACUGGUGCUAUGACAGGGAGGACACCGCCGUCUGCAUUCACGAAUCGGCGCAGCUGUGCUGCGACCUACUGCCCCUCUGUCCAGAGGGCACCUACCUUCGUAGCAUCGGCGUAGACAGCCAGGUCGAUUAUGUGAUCCCACGAUACAACACACUUCCAAUUGAUGCAUCCAAUGAAGGCAUCCGCCUUGGACGAAACGUCCUCAAACUCUGUCCUCUGGGUCACCAACACCGUCCCAGCGCCCUUGACUACCUUGCACAAGCAGUUGAGGCACGCUUUGACCAGCAUGGCAGCAUUGAUGAUCUAGAAGAGAGCAUACAGCUUGGUCGUGAAGCUGUUUCUCUGUGCCCUGAGGAAGAUUCCAGCCGUGAUACCUACAUCCAUAACUUGGCAUUCUCACUCAAGUCCCGCUUUGAUCACCAAGCCAAAUUUCAUGACCUAGAUGAGGCCAUCACUUUGUACGAAGAAGCACUGCGUCUGCGCCCUGUUGGGCACAAAUAUCGUAAUUUUUUACUGGAUAACCUAGGGCUUGCCCUCUGGACCCGUUUCGCCGCACGCGGUGACAUUGAUGACAUCACCCGAGCUAUCAGCCUCCAUCGCGAGGCAUUGGCGUUGCGCCCAUCUGGGAAUCCACAUCGUGGCAUUACGCUUGGCAACCUUGCCCUCAUGCUUCAAAGCAGAUUUGCAAAAUCACAUGUCAGCGAAGAAUCUGAUCUUAACGAGGCCAUUGAUCUGUGUCCGCCAUGCAAUUCCUAUAAAUUUGAGCUCGGCGCUCGGAAGAAUGAAGAUGUCAAGGAGGCGAUUGAUCUCUGUGAAGAAUCAUUGUUGAAAUUGCCUCCAUUGCACCCGGAUAGAUACUUCAGCUAUUUGAGGCUGGGGGAGGCCUAUUUGUCUCGUUACCGAGUGCACAACAACCCUGUUGAUUUGUCACUUGCAGUGGAGAACUUCAGACUGGCAUCACGACACGAUACUCAAGGAUUCCUAGAACGCAUCCAGGAGGCGAUUCAUUGGACAGAUGAAGCGGAGAGGCACAGCCAUGCCUCCGCACUGGAAGCCUACCAAACCUUUUUCGAGCUUCUUGACAGACAUCUCGCAGCACAAUCUUCAAUUGUUGCACGACGCGAAUCUGCUUCUGCUUUUCGUCGUGCCAGUGCACUGCCUGUGAAUGCAGCAUCAUGUGCUAUCCGCCUCGACAAUCUACGAGGCGCCGUUGAACUCGUGGAGCAGGGCCGUGGCCAGCAAUGGUCGCUGGCCUCUCGCCUGAGGAGUCCACUUGAAGACCUCGAGUUCACAAAUCCAAUUCUAGCUCACAAGUUCUCAGAGCUCAGCAAGCGUCUGUCUGACGCUCAAGGUUCCGCGGCCAACACAGACCGAGCUGCAGCGGAUCGCGCAGCAAUCAAGUACAGGAAGCUGACGAAUCAGUGGGACGCUGUGGUAGCUCAAAUCCUCAUCAUCCUCAUUGCAAGUCAAUACUCAUGCAGCGCCAUCAUUGUCCCGACGUCAGGAGAGCCAUAUCAUGUUCCCUUGCCAUCGAUCACUCUCGCAGAUUUGGAGAAUCUCAAAAGUCGCUUUGCCUGGGCAAUACCGCAAGCAUCUCGGAUGGGCCUGACAGAGUCGAGGACUGACCUAAUAGUGCUCUUGCGGGCAGUAUGGAACGAUAUCAUGCUACCUAUCGUCAACGUACUCGAGAACGUUCUCGAAUUAAAGCGCCGGUCUCGUAUAUGGCUAUGUCCAACUGCAGCUUUCACAUCUAUUCCUCUCCAUGCAGCUCACCCCUAUAAAACGAAGGCAGAUCGCUCUGGGAGGGAGCUAUGUCUGGAAGAUCUUUACAUCUGCUCUUACACGCCGACUCUUUCGGCUCUGAUAAGGUCUAGACAGAUGAUGAAGACACAUGCGACUCCGCCCUUCGUAGCGAUUGGACAGGGCCAACCUGGUUCAGGGAAUGGCAAGGAACUUUUGGCUGUUGACAGCGAGCUCGAGCUCCAGCCCACACGAGCAGGUGCACUCGAAGCUCUGGAACAGAACUCGUGGGUGCACCUUGCAUGUCAUGGCAAGCAAGACCACGACCAGCCUUACAAUUCUCAUUUCGUGAUGAGAGACAAACCUCUCACAUUGCUUGAUAUCAUGGAGGAAGACAUUCCGCACGCCGAGUUCGCGUUCUUGUCGGCGUGUCAUACCGCUGCCGGCGAUGAUGAGACGCCUGAUGAAGUCAUCCAUCUCGCAGCUGGUAUCCAAUUUUCAGGGUUCAAGAGCGUCGUUGGCACGCUAUGGGAGGUCGACGACGCUGUCGCAAAACACGUUGUUGAAGCUUUCUACGAGACUAUGUUUGAUGGUUCGAAGGAUGGGGGUGUCAUGGACUGCACGAAGGCGGCGCGGGCACUCAACCAUGCUAAGUUCGCCGUGAUGAAGAAAGUGCCGCUCGAGCAGAGAAUUGUGUUCAUUCAUAUCGGUGUGUAGGUCCUGCUGUAUUGUCUUCAUCCCGUAUGCCGAGUUCACGGGUUCUGUAUAUUGCAUUCUCUUUCGUUAUCAUACUUCAAAUUGUAAAAAUUACUGAAUCACCCUGUUGCGUCUGCAUGUGGAUGUUCGUGUGCUCCACUUUUGUCUUGUUUUCGCUUUCGUAGUGUAUUGUUUACUCUAGAGUCUUGAGAAAAAUAAUUCGUUGCUCUACGACACCCUGUAUAUAUUCGAAUAUUCGCGACAUCAUCUCCUGCAGCUGGUACCUCAUCCAUCCAUCCUCACGCGUUCGACCCCCCAUCGCCGAAGUCCAUGAUUGUUGAAUUCCCUCUCCGACGGACGGUAGUAAGUUAUGCGUGCAGAGACACAGCCACCUCGU